AUGAAUGGCAAUCACAUCGAAAAUGAAGAAAAGAUCUACAUAAUAGAGAAAAGCGAUGCACAACAUAUGGCCAAGAAUAUUAUCCAAGAACACACUAUCCACCCCUCAAGGUUAUUCACGGCUGAAAGGUCUUUCUCCAGUAUGCCUCCUAAGGUUUGCCGCCGCUCGUUCCGGGGUCAAUCAGGCCCCCCUCCCGGGCAAACUAUGUGGGGGGCUUGUCUAAUCCCCGACGGUACUAAAUCCAAUCCCAGCAACACAUCCCCCACCCCCAGCGAAGGAACUAGGAAGUGUAUGAGGACGGUCAUGGACGAGUGA